CGACACCCAACCAUGCCAAGCUGAUUGCCGUCCAGGUCGGACUGACGGUGACGGCUACGCCUCGCCGCUGUGCAGUCAUGCCACCUGCUACAAGUAGCUUGGCCGGCGGCUACCUAGCCUACAUUUCAUUCCUCCUCCCCAGAUCGAUCACCACCCGGAGGGCGAGUGGGAUCACACGCCCACAGGGGCCAGCGCCCAACGCUACCCCGGCCGGCCACCUGACCUGACCUGAUUGCGCCGCGCACUAGCUAGCUCUCCGCUCCCCCUGGUUGGCUGGCUGGUUUUAAGGCGGCGGCCGCCCUCGGCAUGCGCUGUCCUGCUCGCCCGGGAAAUGGCGCCCGCAGCUGGAGCUUCGACCCUCUCGGCCACCUCCGCCGGCGCCGCCGAUGCUUCCAAGCGUCCGGCCGCUUCCGACGCUGAGCCGAUCGGCUCCCCCGUGCUCCACCACCAGGCCAGUCAUGGCGCUACCGAGGACGGCGACGAGGCCGCGCGCAAGGCGGGCCUGGGCCAGCAGCACCCGAGGCAGCAGCAGCAGCUCGAGUGCCCGCGCUGCCAGUCCACCAACACCAAGUUCUGCUACUACAACAACUACAGCACGGCGCAGCCGCGCCACUUCUGCCGGGCCUGCCGCCGCUACUGGACGCACGGCGGCACGCUGCGGGACGUGCCCGUCGGCGGCGCCUCCCGCCGCGGCGCCAAGCGCCGCAGGGUCUCGGCCGAGCCCUCGCCGUCGUCCGCGUCCUCGCCACCGCAGACGACUGCGCGCGCGGAGGACGCAUACCGCAUGAUACCGGACCUCUCGGCCUUCCCGUUCCUCAGCGACGGCAGCUUCCUGCCGCAGCUCGACCUCGGCGCUGCGCCGGCGGCGACGUUCUCGUCGUGGCAGCAGUCGGUGGUCUCGGACUUUUAUGACGGGUUCGCGCCGUGGGACGACGGGACGGCUGGCGCCGCCGGCGUGACGGGCGCGUGGGGCGACAUCGCCGGCCUCGAGCUCAGCUGGCCGCCGCCGGGGAACUGAUCAUGGCAGUCGGGCGCCGUUGUGAGGCUCCGGUUUUAGCAGUGCGGCCUCAUCAGGUUCAGGUAGUGCUUCCGAGUUCCUAGUAUGCAGUGACAAUAUGUUUUGAUGAGCUAUAUAUCCAGGCUAGGAAUGCGAGCAGCUCAAUUCUCCCCUGGUUUCACUGUUUCUUCUCGUCCUCAUAAACGAAAUGAAAUCGUGGCCAGUAGUUAGAUUCAGUGGAUCAUGAUCUAUAGCUGCCGAGAGGAGGAUGUAAGAUCUGUGCAGUGAUUAUUGUGACAAUAAAAUUAAGUUUGUGUCA